CCUCUCUCUCUCUUUCCUCAUUGACGAACCAAGAAUUGCUUCAAUAUAUCUUUUACUGAAGCCUCAUAUUGAUUAAUACCAACACAGAUUGGAAAAAAGACUUAUAAGCGAGGAAUUUCCCUAAGCAACUAAAUGGCUUAAAAAAAGUUCAGUUCUGCAGAUUGGAGGAUGGAACAAUAUGUUUCUAAAUUACACCCUUUUGUGGAUUAUGGGGCAGCAAUUUUUUUGAUGAUAAUAGCUAUUUUGACUAUCGUGGGAAAUUUAGCCGUGCUGAUUACUGCAGUGAAAUGUUCUUCUCAACUCAAGUCUCCAGACCUCCUUUCUAUAAAUUUAGCAGUAACCGAUUUCGGCAUGGCUAUCACCAUGUACCCUUUGGCUAUUGCCUCGGCCUGGAACCAUGAGUGGUUUGGAGGAGAUGCGUCCUGUCUUUAUUACGCCUUGAUAGGGUUCUUCUUUGGCGUGGCCAGCAUGAUGACGUUAACUGCAAUGGCCGUGAUUCGGUAUAUUGUUACCAGUUCAUCAACAUACAACCGUAACACUAUUAAAAAGAAAGUUAUGUAUAUUGUAAUAACCUGCAUAUGGCUGUACGCCUUACUCUGGGCUAUAUUUCCAUUGCUUGGCUGGGGACGUUAUGGUCCGGAACCUUUUGGUAUAUCUUGUACCAUAGCUUGGGCUGACUUCCAGAACUCGUCCAAUGGAUCUUCGUUCAUCAUCAGCAUGUUUACACUGUGUACAUUAACCCCGGCCAUAACCAUCAUUGCAUGCUACAGCAGGAUAGCAUGGAAACUCCAUAAAACUUAUCAAGCAAUACAAAAUUAUGAUAAAAUACCAAAUGCUGCAAAACUGGAGAGAAAACUCACACUGAUGGCGGUACUUGUGAGUUCUGGUUUCCUCUUCGCGUGGGCUCCCUACGCAGCUGUGAGCUUUUGGUCAAUGUUUCACUCUAGCAACUACAUUCCACCGGUAUUAACCCUACUACCCUGCCUUUUUGCCAAGUCCUCCACUGCCUUCAACCCCAUAAUCUAUUAUGUUUUCAGCAAAUCAUUCAGACAAAAAGUUAAGCAACUUAAAUGCUGUUGUGGAUGGAGGAUACAGUCUGAGAACUCAGGAGAAAACCCAGCUGUGUCUGUUAUCUGGACAGGCAGAGACCACAUCCAGAUUUCAUCUAUUUUUAAAAUAACUAGGGGGAUUCCCUCAAACGGAGUAGGACAAUGAAACCAGUUUUACAAUUAAAUCAUACAGAAAAUAACACAAUGGGGCGUAUUCACUAAAACGUCUGUGAUGGUGAGCUGACCAUUGAAGUGCAACAUUUAAAAGAAUGGACUUGGUAAUAAAUCUUCAUCAUGGGUUAGAUUGAUAUUUAUGUCCUCUUAUCUUUUGGACUAGAUUUUGUCAACCAGUGUUUAGUGAAAAACCCCACAGUACUUUGCACAUGUCCCAUACCCAACACAAUUAUUACCAAAUUAGAUGUUUCACUAGCAACUAUUUUGGACAACAAAGGAAGACACACAAGUAUAUUUAUAUGACAUGGAAUAUAAACUUUGGGCUAAUGGAACUGAAUUAAAUAAUUGAAUAUUGGGUACAAAGCGAAAGCAGAAAAAAACAACCAAUAAAUAUGAGAA